GACAGGAGCGUGAUUGAUUCUGCAGAGCGGUGUGUGGGGGACUUGUUUUCAUCCAGGAGCUGUUUUAUCCAGAUCUGCUGGAACUACUGCUGGAAUGCCUUACAUUCUCAUCAGCACUCAGAUCCGCCUGGAAACCGGGCCCACCAUGGUUGGUGACCAGCAUUCAGAUCCUGCCAUCAUGAACUAUCUGGGAGCAAAGAAAACUACCAUUCUGGGCAACAACUUUUCAGAAUACCACGUGGAUGAAUCACCUCGAAUAGUCCUGGACAAGCUGGAGAAGCUGGGCUACAAAGUUAUAUCCAUGACAGGGGUUGGUCAGACUCUGGUGUGGUGCCUUCACAAAGAAUCCAGCGAGCUCUGAGAUGAUCAUGUGGCCUCCUGAUAUAUAAUGAAGCAUUGCAAAAUAUGUAUUAAAAAAAUACCACUGCAUUACACUACAGGGUAACAGAUACAGAAAAGAAGUAGAUCAACGAGUGUAGUAUCCAUAAGAAACAAUAAUAAUCACACUAACCAAUGAGGUGAUGUUAUUAGUCUAUCAUCCUGUUCAGUAACGAGUGAGAAAUACAGAACGUGACAUGAACAGCAAACCUUCUAACAAAUCUGUCAUGAGCAGGUCUGAACAGUAUUAGUGUAGUACAAGCCAGUGUUGAAAGUGCCAUGGCUAGUUGUUUAAUCGUUAAAAUGGUUUGUAAUCAAAAGCGGGAGGUUGAAAUUCCCCUCCUGCUUAAGCUACCUUUAAUCCUGUCAUGUUAUAUAAUUCCAUCAGAAUUCAUGCAACACGGGCUUUUCAGCUACUAGUUCAGACUGUUUAGUCAUGUUUAGAUUUUGUCAUGUUUAAUUAAUUAUGUUUUGAUACUUCAAAGAAACGUAAUUAAAUGCAAGUACUUAAAAUCAACAA